GGAGAAAGCCGGCAGGGGGAGGGAAGAGGCCGCAGAAGCCCGAGUCUUGACCGACGGGCAGGCGGGGGCUGCGGCGGCGCCGCGCCGGCGCCCCCCAUGCGCCAGGCGGCCGGACGGCGGCGUCGGGGGGCGCCAUGGCCUCGGCGGCGGCGGGCGAAGCGGAAGAGACCACCCGGCUGCGCAAGCCGCGUUUCUCGUUCGAAGAGAACCAGAUCCUGAUCCGUGAGGUGCGCGCCCACUACCCGCAGCUCUACGGCGCUCAGAGCCGUCGGGUGAGCGUGGCCGAGCGGCGGCGUGUGUGGGACGGCAUUGCCGCCAAGAUCAACGGCAUCACCAGCUGGAAGCGCACUGGCCAGGAGGUGCAGAAGCGCUGGAACGACUUCAAGCGCCGCACCAAGGAGAAGCUGGCUCGCGUGCCGCACUCCACACAGGGCACCGGGCCUGCCGCCGAGGACGCCUUCUCCGCCGAGGAGGAGACCAUUUUUGCCAUCCUGGGGCCGGGUGUGGCGGGGCCAGGAGCUGGUGCAGGGGCAGAGCAGCCCUCCGCGGCCGCCUCUUCACAGCCACCGGCCCCAAGCGCCUGCGCCCAACGCUGUGUGUUGUCUGAGGACCGCAAGGAGGACCGACGGGCAGAUACACCAGUCCACAGCAAGGGGGGCUCGAGCAGCCCGGAGCCUUGGGCCAGACCCUCCUGCAAUCCUCAGGAAGGGGGCUGCCCGGCACCCAAGGAGCGUGAGUCCCCGCCCCCUCCGGCCCUGCAGACCAUCCAGCUGCCCCGCCUGGCCUUGUCUCCACCCCCCCCAGCCCCUCCGCUGCCACCACCCCCCGAGCCACCGCAGCAGGUCCAAGUGGCACCCUCGCCUUCCAGCUCCCCCUCCCCUCCACUGCCUCCACCCUCGGCCCCAGACCCCUCCCUGGACUUCCUGCGGGCCCAGCAGGAGACUGCCAACGCCAUCCGGGAGCUGGCCGGCACCCUUCGCCAGGGACUAGCCCAACUGAGCGAGGCCCUCAGCGCCCUGCUGCCCCUUCUGCCCGGAACCCCCGCUGACCCACUGCCCCCGCCCCCGCCCCCACCUCCACCGCCCAGGCCUGUCUUGUCCCCCCCCUCCCCCAAGGUGGAGGUCACCCCAGAGCCUGUGUCCGUGGUGGCUGCAGUCGUGGACGGGGCUGUGGUGGCAGCCAGGGGGGUGAUCAUUGCCCCUAGGAGCGAGGAGGGGGCCCCCCGGCCGCCGCCCGCCCCACUCCCUCCCCAUGACUCCCCACCACACAAAAGGAGGAAAAGUUUCCCUACACGGAAGAGGCGGGGGCGGUGGAAAUCUCCGUGACAUCUGCCGUGGGGUUCAAGCUUGUCUGCGCACCUUCUGCCUGCACCUCCUCCCCCCAGCUUAGCCCAGUGGAGGAGGGCAAUGCACUUUCCCCAUCCCAGCUGCACCCGGGCUCCCUGCUGCGGGGCACGAGCACCCCACUCCCUGUACUAGUUAGUGCCUGAUUCUGGGGGGCCUCCUUGAUGGGCCCCCCAGCCCUUAUCAGUACAGCGCUGUCUGCCUGGCUGCUUUCCUUAACCCUGACUUCUAAGCCAUGGAUUUUACGUUAUUUAUUAUUGCCCUUCGUGGGUUGCGGAGGGAACCUGCACAUCCCCCUCCCCUAACAGAACUCCUGGCCUUGACUUGAAGACAACUGACCCACUUCCCCUACCCAGACUUUGGAGCGGGUGGGAGUUUCAAGACAAGUCAGAAAAUGGAUGCAGAGGCUAUUGCAGUCUGUACCCUAGGGGCGGGUGGAGUUCUCACUGGUAUAGGUUGAGCCUUCUGCCUCCCGUUGGUCUCUGACCUCCAGAGCUCAACCCCCUCUGUGCUCCCCAGUGGUGACAAGAUAUCAAUAAACUUAUUUUUAAUAUAAUUACUUGGGGCUCUGUCUGAGACAGGCCUGAAGUUCCAACGCCUACACCUGCCUCAUCCCUCCAUGGGCAGGUGACACCCCCUUGAAGUUUUAGAGGCUGGUGGUUUUCCAGACUUUUUUUUUUUUCCUUAAAGCCAUCAAGUCCUGUGUUCAAAUCUUAUUCCUACUUUUUCAUCUUUCGGAUACCACCCUAAAUGUCAUCUCUGGGAGGACAUCCUGGAUUCCUUCCCCCAGGCUAGGGUGGGUCUGCUUCUUAGAUCCUCUCUCAGCAUCCUGUGGUCACUAAGUGAACACAUGCCCUUAUCUAUUUAAAGCCUGCUUCCCGUAUAGUUUCAUGAAGGGAGGAGCUGGUUCUCUUUUUUACUCCCAAACUGGCUGCAGAGCCUGGUAGCAAAGUAGCUAAUAGCCAUCACCCUGGACUCAGACCUGGCUCAACCCCUGGUGCUGCCCUGGCCAGCUGUGUAACUAUGGGCCCCACUGUCCUCAUCUGUAAUACGGGCAUAAAGAUUUAGGUGUCUUUGCUGCCUACAACUACAUUCUCUUCAUCCUUCAGGUCACAGCUCAAAUACCACCUCCUCAGGAAAGCCUUUCCUGACCACCCCCCCCUUUCCCCCAGCAGUUGUGAAAGAAAGGCAGUUAAGUAAUCAUUUGAGUAAAUUUAAAUUGAAUGACCCUCCAUCACCUGGAUGAGCCUUGUCAGGGCAAGGCCUGAGCCUAUCUUAGUCACUGCUGUGUCCUCAGCAUUGCCCAACACAGAAGAAAGGUUGAAUCUUUUAAGUAAUGGGAGCUUAAAAACAACUUUCAUUUAUGGUGCUCCUUUUCUGGGCCAGGUGCCAUGCUAAGAAUUUAUUUGCAUGUUUGCAUUUUAACCUGAAGGUACCCAAUGAAAAGCCGAUUUUAGGGGGUCUCCAUUUUUUCCUGAGAAGUUUAGGGACUUGCCCUAAAUUUGUCAGGGGCCAAUCCAGUCCACCUGAAGCCAGCCUCCGGCCAGAACUCCUGACUCCAACUACUGUUUACUAAAGAAUGGCCCAAAGACAAUUUUAGGCGAUAUGUGGAUGGCCUUUUUAACUGUUCUAUGGUUAUAUGUGUAUGUAGUUUUAUUUUGUAAAAAUGUACCUAGUACAUAAAACCCAUGAUCAUGCACAUAAUACUGCUUAGGAUGAGGCAAAAGUAAAUAGUGUUUGAUUCACAGGAGUCAACUUCAAGAAAAAUGUUAAUAAUACAGGUGGUAAACAAAAUGGUGAAGCUGAGUCUGAAAUUUGGGUAACAUAAAAUCAGACCUGCUAUGGUUGCAGCGGGAUGAGGGAGAGUGGCGGCAGGCAUUCCCUGAUUAGUUUGAAAACUACUAAUGAAUGCAACCCUGGCAAGUCAUUCAAAUAUUUUUGAGCGCUUAACACAGACCCAGGCCUAGAGAGAGGAAGAGGCUGAUGUGGGUUAGAAGCUGGAGACCUGUCUCUCCUCCACAUGCCCCCUCUCCAAGCCUGCCCUGCAGUGUUCCAUCGCCAGGAAGAAAAAAACAUGGGGGUCGCCAAAGCCUGCUUGGGCCUAUCAGGUAGUAAGCACCCAAGGUUGGAGAAAGGUGGUCUGGCUCUCGCUCUCCCCAGAAACUAUGUUGCCAUCUCUGGCCUCCUUUCCGCCCCCCAAAUUGAUGAGCCCUAGAGGGUGUAAGGACCCUCUCACCCGGUGAUCGAAAAGAUCCCCCCGAAAUUGAGGCGGGGGGGGGUUAUGGACAGCCAGCGGGAAUCGGGAAGGCCUCCCCCAACCUCCUAGACAGCGGAAGUGCGUCAGUUUGUUCGCCCCGUAGAGCAUUUUGGGAAUUGUAGUGAAGUUGGGGUGGGGGGGCGGAGAAACUGACAGUGUAACCCCUUGGAGACCAGAGCGCGCCCGCAGAGCUGGAAGAGAGGGGCGCUCGACCACUCCUUUUAACAGAUAAAGCAACUGAGGCUGAGACCGUCAGUC